UACCGCCAGACCGAUUGCGCGCUUGCUACCCCUCAGCAGGACACUGCGUCACGAGAUCAAGUGCGUCACGCUACGGCGACCAUAGGUACAGUAUGGCGAAGCUGUUAUGAGAUGGACGAGCACAAUUCCUUCGUAGCAUUUUCCGAAAAUUAACGCUCAGCAAUGCCAGCCCGAAUGCUCGGCUCGCGCGGCGCGGGUGGGGGUGAGGUGAGUGUGGCGGACAGCCCACUCGCCACCUUCGAGUCCCUGACACAGGCCGCGAUCAUCGCCGUCAUGGGCAUUGCCAUCGUAGUCUCUAACCUCCUCAUCAUCGCGUCUUUUCUCAACUUCAAAGGCUUGUCCCACGAGGUGAUCAACUACUACUUGCUGUCUCUGGCCGUGGCGGAUUUGCUGUGCGGGCUGUUCGUCGUGCCCCUCUCCGUGUACCCCGCCAUCACCGGCCGCUGGAUGUUCGGAGAUCUCAUGUGCCGCCUGGCCGGCUACAUAGAAGUGACUCUGUGGUCCGUCUCAGUAUACACCUUCAUGUGGAUCUCGGUCGACCGGUACCUUGCCGUCCGGAAACCUCUCCGAUAUGAGACGGUCAGUGCGACGGUUCAAACGCGAACGCGAAGCCAAUGUUGGAUGGUGUUCACCUGGAUUUCCGCUGCUAUGCUCUGUUGUCCUCCGUUACUCGGCUACAAAAAAGAAGCCAACUUCGACAAGGAAACGCUCAUUUGCAUGUUGGAUUGGGGUACGACAUACGCUUAUACGGCGACAUUAGCUAUCCUAGUACUAGGACCGAGCGUUAUUUCUAUAGUGUACAACUACUUCUAUAUAUUCUCGAUGAAGAGAAAACUGCAUAGCGGAGCACCGAUCCACGAUAAGGAGUACGCGACAGCGCUGGCCGAGAACCUAUCCAACCCUAGCCAUUGGAUGAGCUUCGUGCUCGUCACCGCGUUUUGGCUAAGCUGGGCCCCGUACGCCGGAGUUCGGUUUUAUGAAUAUUUUACUGGUCAGGAGUUAAAAAUUCCUAUGUUGCAUUUCGGUGUUGUUUGGCUGGGUAUAUUAAAUUCGUUCUGGAAAAUUGUCAUUCUUUUAUCUCUAAGUCCUCAGUUUAGACUCGCACUCAGAAUACUCUGCCUCACCGCCUGCUGUCGCACGAAAGGACGAUUGCAAGCUGAGUUGAUCGGAUUGGACAAUGACGAUUAACUCAUAGGUACUUUCAGAGAUAGAGUGUUGAAAUUAUAAAUUAUUGAAAUAUUGAUUUACGUAAUAAAAACAGAGUAAAAUAUUUUAAUGUGUUUAUCAAAAUAUUGAUUGGGGAUUUACAAUUACAUGCUCAAUUUAUUUUUAACAAUGAGUUAUAUUACGAAUAUAAUGUGGAGUAGGUUAUCAGUCAAAUGUGGACGCUACGACGGUAACAAUAAACGUUAAAAGGGGUCUAUCUAUUAUAGGCGUCAAUGCAAACGUAGUAAGUAGCCUCAUUUGAAUGAAUCAAAUUCAACGGAAUUUCGUAGAUACGUUUUAGUAACUACUAUCGAUAUCUAUACUUUUCAAAAUUUAAAUUUAAAUAUUCAGUUCCAAAGUUACACGGUGUCAAUAAUUUACAUACAAAUCCUUAAACCCGUUUAACUUUAAAAUUAGCAAUUUUUACGGAAAUCUGGCAAACUAUAGAACGUGUCUACAAA